ACAUUGCUAAGUGAAGAGUUAGUUAAUUUUUUUUUAAUGAGUAAUUUAAGGGUUAGUUUAUCUUGUUGUUUAUUUUUAAAUGGCGGGAGGGCAGAUCAUAGCCAUCAAAAUCUUCUUUCAUCCGAAGUCUCUUUCUCUCUCUUUUAAUAGACUUCCAUACCCAACCACCUCUCUCCUUCCUUAACAACGUUUCUCAUUUUUGUUUCUCUUCUUCACUCUACUCAACCUCCACUCUCACCUCCCAUCUUCCAUUUUUUCCGUUCUUUGGUUGCUGCUUCUCUUUUCCGGUCGCCGCCUCAGAGGGAAAACGACGGUGGUGGUGAUGAUGAUGGAGAAGAAUCUGUUGUUUCUCCUCUUGAUUUUUCACUUUCAGGUUGCGUUUAGGGUUUUAGCCCUCUCACCUGACGGUCUCUCUCUUCUCUCUCUCAAGUCGGCGGUCGACCAGUCGCCGGAUUCCUCUGUCUUCUCCGAUUGGAACGAGAAUGACUCCACGCCUUGCCGAUGGUCUGGCAUUUCUUGCAUGAAUGUUUCCGGUGACUCGCGAGUCGUUGGAAUUGCUCUCUCUGGUAAGAAUCUCCAUGGCUACAUUCCUUCUGAACUCGGCUCGCUUGUCUAUCUCCGGCGAUUGAACCUCCAUAACAACAAUCUCUACGGCUCGAUACCUGAGCAGUUGUUUAAUGCUACCUCAUUGCAUAGCCUAUUUCUCUACAGUAAUAAUCUCUCCGGUCCAUUCCCUCCUUCGAUCUGUAACAUUCCGAGGCUUCAAAACCUCGAUCUCUCUAACAAUUCUCUCGCCGGACCAGUCCCCGACGAAUUGAAGAAUUGUAAGCAAUUGCAGCGAUUAAUACUCGCUAGAAAUCAAUUCGACGGAGAAAUACCGUCUGGUGUUUGGUCAGGGAUGGAUAAUUUAAUUCAACUCGAUCUCUCAUCCAACGAUUUCAGCGGAUCGAUUCCGGAGGAUCUAGGGCAACUGAAGACACUUUCCGGUACGCUCAACCUCUCCUUCAAUCAUUUAUCAGGUAAAAUCCCGAAAACUCUCGGAGAUUUGCCGGUGACGGUGAGUUUCGACCUCCGGAGCAACAAUUUAAGUGGAAGCAUACCUCAGACAGGUUCUUUUGCGAAUCAGGGACCGACUGCAUUUCUCAAUAAUCCCGAGUUGUGUGGAUUUCCUCUUCAGAAAUCUUGUGAGAAUUCAGAACGUGGCUCACCGGGAAAUCCGGAUUCUAAGCCAUCUUACAUUGCUCCUAGAAAAGGAUUGAGCGCCGGAUUAAUCAUUCUCAUCUCCGCCGCCGACGCCGCCGGAGUAGCGUUCAUCGGCCUGGUAAUAGUAUACAUAUAUUGGCGACGGAAGGACAAUUCGAACGGCUGUAGCUGUACGGCGAAAAGAAAAUUCGGCGGGAAUCAGAAAAACAGUCUCUGCAAUUUUCCUUGUAUGAAUGGAAAUGAUAAGAACGAGGAGUCGGAAAUGGAGGAACCAGAGAACAGUGACAGAAGCAGAGAGGAAGGAGGGCUUGUGGCCGUAGACAAAGGCUUUACGUUCGAGCUCGACGAGCUGCUGAGAGCGUCGGCAUAUGUGCUGGGAAAGAGUGGACUGGGAAUUGUGUACAAAGUUGUCCUCGGAAAUGGGAUUCCGGUGGCUGUACGGCGGUUGGGGGAAGGCGGAGAACAGAGGUAUAAGGAGUUCGCGGCGGAGGUACAGGCUAUUGGAAGGGUAAAGCAUCCGAAUAUUGUGAAAUUGAGAGCUUAUUAUUGGGCGCCGGAUGAGAAGCUUCUGAUCAGUGAUUUUAUCUCCAAUGGGAACUUGGCCUCUGCUCUUCGCGGGAAGAACGGGCAGCCAUCUUCAAUCCUUUCAUGGUCAACAAGAUUACGAAUAGCCAAGGGAACCGCAAGAGGAUUGGCCUAUCUCCACGAGUGCAGCCCAAGAAAAUUCGUCCAUGGCGACAUCAAGCCCUCCAACAUUCUCCUCGACAACGAUUUCCAGCCCCACAUCUCCGACUUCGGCCUCAACCGCUUAAUCAGCAUCACCGGCAACAACCCCUCCUCCUCCGGCGGCCUCAUCGGCGGCGCCUUCUCCUACCUCAAGUCCGUCCAAACCGACCGCAACAACAACUACUGCGCCCCAGAGGCCCGAGCCCCCGGCGGCCGCCCCACCCAAAAAUGGGAUGUCUAUUCCUUCGGCGUCAUGGUCCUCGAAUUACUCACCGGAAAGUCGCCGGAGCUUUCUCCGAACACGUCGACUUCUUUGGAGAUUCCAGAUUUGGUGAGAUGGGUUAGAAAAGGAUUUGAAGAAGCAAAGCCAUUGUCGGAGUUGGUUGAUCCUGCUCUGUUACAAGAAGUACAUGCUAAGAAAGAGGUGCUCGCCGUAUUCCACGUGGCGCUAUCUUGUACAGAGAGCGACCCGGAAAUUCGGCCCAGAAUGAAGACAGUGUCGGAGAGUUUCGAUAGGAUUGGAUCAUCGUGAGAAAUGAUUGUCAUUUGUGGAACGUGGCGGCCAUUGUUGUACCAUUCAAGCUGCUGCUGCUGUAAUUUUGACUAUGAAUUUGCAGGAGCCAAUUAUUCUUUAAGGCCAACUUUAGGGGAGAGUUUGCGGAAGAAGACAAGAAAGAUUAGGUUGGGCCCAAAUUUGUCCAUGGAGAUGGGGUUUUUUUUUUUUUUUUUUCCCAUUUGAUUUUGUAAUUGUUGUUCUUCUUCUUUCUUUAUGGUAUAAUUUGUUUUUGCUUUACAUUUUGCAGUGACGAAUGAGGAAAGAAAAUGUUCUGCAAUUUGAAAAUUUUCAGUCAUAUUCCUUUAUAAGAUAUGGAAAUAAUAAUGACGACACACUUCUUCUUGUCUUUUUGC